UUCUCGAAGUACCGACAAGUAAUAGUUAUAAAUAAAGAGGACUUAAGUCUUCCAUGGGGGCCUGGCUACAGACUUUUCUAUGUUCAACUACCAAGACUUCAUGACGGACUUCGAAUCAACGAACGACGCUACUUAUAAUUAUAAUUUAGUUUUUCGAAUGAUCGUAAUUCUCGGGGUUUCUGCGUGCCAAAGAAUAUUCAUGGAGGGUAAUGGUCAGAUUAUGAAUGGAUGGCCUCUUGGUCUAAUUGGAGAGUUAAUGAAUUCAAGCUCUCAUCAGCUGGUGGUGCCGCCGCCGCCACAGCCUCGCAACUCCGGCCUCCGCGGCCGUUCCUCAAGUUUCUCAUCACUUUCAUCCUCCAAUCUUGAUACCGAGUCAACGGCGUCGUUUUUCCCUGACCAAAGUGUAACUCUUGGCCGGCUAAUUGGAAUUGAACCGGUCUGUAAAGGAACCUCGUACUGCAGACAACAUGAACCGGAUCUAAUUAGGUCUUCAAAUAAUAGUCUAGAAAUAGGCGAUACAGAUAAUAAUAAUAAUAAUUCUCAAGGAAUUUGUGUUCCACUGUUGCACAGUGUCAUCUGGAAAAUGGGCCGAACCGGAAGCAGCUCAACACAUUAAUUAAUACAAUAUUGUUCUUGAUUAUAUAUUACUAUUACGUAACACUAUUACUAU